UAGGGAAAAAGUUUGACGGACAAACACUCCAGCCUCCUCAAUUCAAAUAUUAGCAACGGUCACUCCCAUUCUAACCCUAAAACACCCAUAAAAGCUUCUUCUAAACGUUCUCUUGUUCAGUCCUCCUCAAUUCAAAUAUUAGCAACGGUCACCCCCAUUCUAACCCUAAAACACCCAUAAAAGCUUCUUUUAAACGUUCUCUUGUUCAAUCAAAAAUGGAAAAAUGUUCCUUCAAUGCUAUAAACCCUGAAGAUUUAGUUGACUAUAUUGAAAUGGACGAUUCAGAUGCUCAAUUUUACGAUUCAGAUGAUUCAGAAGAUGAUCCAACUUUCAUUGUUGAUCUUGACAAAGCUCAAUCAAAAUUAUCAAACUUAUCAAUUAAAUCUAAUUCAAAUUCCAGCAAAGAAUCUGCAAAAUUGGAAGUAGAUGAUGGAGUAGUUACAGACUUGGAAGAAAAAAACCAAUCAAAAUUUGGAAUUGAAGACGGGAAAUGUUUUGAGGAAGUUCAAAGAUUAAUUGAUGGUGGGAAAGUAGAGAGAUUGAAAUUGGAGCAAUGUAAGGUUUAUUUGAGGAAACAUGGUUUGAGAUUAACUGGGAAUAAAGGCGUUUUGAUUCAGAGAAUCAAAGAACAUUUAGAGAUCGUAAAUGGGGGAGGAGAAAAGAAAUAUCCAGAAUCAAGCUUUGUGUUGAAUUGCAAGGGCGAUGCCUGUAGCGGGGAUAUUGUGAUGUUUCAACAAACUGUUUAUGAAGGGUACAGCAUCGUCUCAAGGAGUGCCAUUGGCCCUCCAUGUGGUAAACGGACUGUUGCUGGGCGCAUAGUGAAAGAAAGCUAUGGUGCUGCCAAGCAACAACAUACAUUUACGAUUGAGGUUCUCUGGAGCAAAGGCGAAAAACCAUUGCCCCCUCUCCGUCCCCUUCUAAUUAAGGGAAGAAAUCUGUAUAAGCUGAAUACGUUGAGACAGAGAUGGGAAGAUGAAUCCCAACGACAGCGAGUUUUGAGUGAAAAACACAACAGAGGGUUUAUUGCUCGAUCAAAUAGGGAAGUCCGGAUUCAAGUUAAGAUGUCGAGGGAGAUGUUAAAGGGCGCUAGGACAUUUUCGAAGAAAGGACAGCAUUCAUGCCAAGAGAAGAACCACGAACAUGCUAAAGAUCAUGUCGGAUUCAAGGAUCCGAAGCAACAAACAGUAGCAAUGCAGACCCAGAAGUUGCAAGGUAACCAUGCUCAGAACCUUAGAGUUGCUGCACAACUCGAAAAGAACUCGAUUACAGGAUCAACUCGAUCUCAGCCUCCCCUACUGAAUGGCACGAAUGAUCUUACUUCUCGAGGAUACUUGUCUUAUAUAGAUCCUAAUUUUCAGCACAAUAGACCAGCUGACUCUACUUUGGGGGCCUACUCUCGUUUUCCUGAUAAGUUUCAGCAGCAGCAUUAUUGGGAUAAAGAGAACAUUCCUCAACCUGGUUUAUAUCCUUGUUCGUUUCAGACGAAUGCAUCAAACGAUGGGAGAAAUCAUCAGUUACUUGUUUCAAAUAGAGCAUCAUCACUGAAUUUUCAUGGUGGUUAUCAUCACAAGGAACAACUGAAGCCAUGUCGAUACUAUCUUCAAGGCUAUUGUCACUAUGGGGAUCGCUGCAAGUUUAAGCAUGGAUAAUCUCUGUAAUAUUUGAUCUAUGCCGAAACUAUCAAAUUUGAUCCAUGCCGAAACUAUCAAAUUUGAUCCAUGCUUAAAAACUUGCAUCGAUGCCCAUGAUGACAGUUGCCUUGAGAAUAGUAUCGAUACUAUUGUAUUUGAUCCAUGCCAUGACUUCUGCUCCUAAGUUUUCCUUAAACUGUCGCUAUGAGGAUCGCUGCAAGGUUAAGCAUGGAUCGAAUACGAAUACGAAUACGAUAGUAUCGAUAUUGGCAGUCUCUUGUGAAAUUUCAAAUUCCUAAAUUUUUGUGAAAUCUAUCUGUAGGAAUUUGUAUCAGACUCUAAAUGUAACAAACAAUGAAAUCUUGUGAAAUUACGCAUUCUGAUUGGACUCAUGGUCCUAAAUUUUAAUACUGAAAAUAAGCA